GCUGUGGGUGUGAGGCCUAGGAAAUUUCAAUUAGACAUGGAUGUGAGGUGGAACUCCACCUAUCUCAUGCUUAAGCAUCUUGUUCCUCACAAGCAAACAUUUGGUGUGUUCAUCCAAACCCAGUACCCCAGAGCAGAAGGUACUCCUUAUCUCUUAACUGAUGGACAUUGGUAUGUUGCUGAAAAAAUUCUAGAGUUCCUUGAACUAUUUUAUGAUUCUACUGUUGUCUUAUCUGGUGUUUACUAUCCCACUGCUCCACUUAUAUUGCAUAAUCUCAUUGAAAUUGCUGGACAACUUAAAAAUUAUGAAAAUGACAGAAUGCUUAGAGAGGUGGUAAUUCCUAUGAAAUCUAAAUACCUUAAGUAUUGGAAUGACAUACCUCUGCUUUAUUCCAUUGCAUUCAUCAUGGAUCCUAGAGCUAAAAUAAAAGGUUUUAGCAAUGCUCUCAGGCUGCUCUCUAGUUUAACUGGUACUGACUAUUCUGCUUAUUUUACCUCUGUGAGAGCUGCUCUGUCUGACAUGUUUGGCAAGUAUGAAAGCAAGUUUGGUUCUAUUAGAUUGGCAAGGCCUACACAUAAACCUUCUACUGGUAAGAAAAAAGCUCAAUGGGGUAAGAUCUUUGGUGAUGGUUCUACUUCUACUACUUCUCCUGGGUCUGGUCUUGGCAGUGUUGGUGCUGGUGGCUCUUUUACUGUUCCUCUUGGUAGAAGGACAUCUGCAAGUGCUUUGCUGCAAGCAGCAAGCACUGGUGGUACAUAUGAAUCUACCUUUAGUCUAACUGGCAGGAUCAUAGAGGAGAGGAGGCGUCAGUUGAAGCCAGAGAUGGUAGAAAUGCUCACAUGCAUCAAAGACUGGGAGGCUGCAGAUGAAAGAGCUCAGCACAUGGUGGAGGAUGGAGACCUGCAGGCAGCUUAUGAAGAUCAGUACCUUGAUGAAACUCCAGCACAAGCUGCUGUGUAAUAGGAUAGUUUAUUUGCACUGCAUGACUAUGAGGUUAACUUAACACUGGAACUUGAACUUAAUGAGCUGGGCUGUACUCUUUUUUCCUAUCUAGGGUUUUCUCACGAGGUGUGAGUUUUUACCUAGAUAGGUUUUUAAUGAGGCAGUCAUUGCACAAAACAGCUCAUCCUUGAUAUUUUGUUGAUUUCUGUCAUUUUUUGUUACUCAAGAUGAAUUGAUCUGUUGAA